CCGCCCCGCCGCGCGGCCCUCCUCCCCGGUGCCGUCCCGCCGCCGCCUGCGCGGCCAGCUCAGACCUCCUGACUCGACUCGCGGCGCGGGCGGCGGUGAAAAUGUCAGCUCCAGGACCCUAUCAGGCAGCUGCCGGGCCUUCUGCGGUGCCAAGUGCACCCCCAUCCUACGAGGAGACGAUCAACAGUUACUACCCCACGCCUGCAGCGCCCGUGCCUGGGCCCACCACUGGGCUUGUGUCAGGCCCCGAUGGGAAGGGCAUGAAUCCUCCCGCAUACUACACGCAGCCGGUGCCCGUCCCCAACGCCAAUGCCAUUGCCGUGCAGACUGUAUAUGUGCAGCAGCCGAUCUCGUUCUUCGAUCGGCCGGUCCAGAUGUGCUGUCCCUCCUGCAACAAGAUGAUCGUGACGCGGCUGAGCUACAGCGCCGGCGCCCUCACCUGGCUCUCCUGCGGGAGCCUGUGCCUGCUGGGGUGCGUGGCGGGCUGCUGCUUCAUCCCCUUCUGCGUGGAUGCUCUGCAGGACGUGGACCACUACUGCCCAAACUGCAAAGCUGUCCUGGGCACCUACAAGCGUUUGUAGGCCUUGGCCAGACGUGGAGGCAGCUGUGGGCUGCAAGAAGUCCUUUCUGACUUUGACCCAGCCCCACCCUGGUGGAGGUUCUGCCGCGGUGGUCUUCUCUCCCCAGGGGUCCAUCAUCAAAAGUCACAAACCUCCAAACCCUGGACAUUGCUGCUUGGAGAUGUGCACAAGAUAUUCAAAGACAUUCACUGCAAGAGUGGGUUCAAGGGUCUCCUGCCCACCUGUGACCCCAACUCAUCCCGUCUAACUGGGGUGGUUGCCCUGUCGGAAUAUCUUCUGGCGAUCUGCCAUGGGCUGGCUCCUUUCCCUGCCUCCGUGGGCCAUUCUGGUGGUGGUCUCAAGCUGAGAAGCCACAGGUUCCCUUUUUCAGACUGUUCUGGCUGGAAUGGGGUAGAACCAGCCUUGAGUGCCUACCAUCUUACCCACCCCGCCCUACCCCUGGUGACACAAAUCUUGCCUUACAGACUUCAAGGGCUUGUCUCUGAUUAUAUUAAUUGACUUUUCAUUAGCACAUAAAUUCACGUUAAUUUUUUAAUUCUUGUUUAAGUACAAGGGGGGGCUAUUAACACCACCAGACACACAGCCGUGAGGUCAUGAAUGCGUGUUUGGAGAACAGGGCUGGAUCUUACCAUCGGUCUGCCUUUCCUGGCUCUCUGUACCAGACACCCAGCACCACGUUCCGUGAAGGGCUUUUUUCUUAUGCAGGAAUUGUUUGUACCGACAGUUUUUAUGACCUCCUUUUGUCUUAAACACUUCUGAACAGGAUUUUGAAAGGAGGGAUUUAUGGAACCAUUUUCUCUGGCCAUAUGGCUGGUAUCAUUUUCACAUUUGCUAGUGCACUCUCACUUUUUUAUAUUUUUUAAAACAGAAAAAGAAGUGAGCCAUUUCAUCCACUGCCCUUAAUUGGGUUUAGUGUGGUUCUUAAAAACGUCUAUCAUGAACUCUCAAAGUGGGGGCCCUUUUGGCUUCCUGGUGGUGUGCUUGGGAAGAUGGGAAGCACCAUUGAUCUUGGUCCAGAUACUGUGGUGCUGAAGGGCUCGGUGACCUGGCCUGUUUCAGAGGAAUCUAAAAUUUGAUUUUAUUAUACAGAAAUACAGUUUAUUAUAUUGCAUUAGAAGACAUGAUUUCUAGGACUCAAGCAGCAAGCCAGGUUCUAGGCAAGCUGCUGUGUCAUCUUUGAAAUCAAGACAAAGCUGGGCUAGACUUCCAAGAGUCCCCCUUCCAAUAGUAAAUUGUCAUAGGGAAUGCACAUGAAUAAUAUUAGUAGAAGUCAAACCUAGGCCUUAGAACAAAAUCUGUAUAUUGGUUGAAAAAUGUAGCCAUAAUCGAUUCAGCUUAUUCACUCGAUGUUUUGGAAAUUUCCGUAAUUAUUUUUGCAAUGACUGUGGAUACCCACACAGUACUUUGGUUUUUUUUCUGCUUUUAAAAAAUAAAGUCUUUGGUUCACUUGGUGAACUAUUUAUCAAUUCUCAUGGUGUGAAGAAAGAUCUCGUGUUGUGUUUCCAGCUGGUGCUACAAAGAACCUUUAUUUGCUCCAUAACGGUAGAAAAUCUGUCAUGAUAGAGACUUGAGACUGCUGAAUAUCCUGCAAUGUCAAGAUGUCCGAUGUUGAGUUGGGUGGAGUGCUCCUGAGGCAGAUUUGGACAUUGGGUUAUUGGAACCCAAUGAGCGUCCUCGGUGGCAGCAAGCCAUAGCUUUCAAGUUUUAAUAAAAUGCACAGAAGAAAGCUGCCCUCAUUCAUUCUCUGAACAAAACACCCUUUGUGAAUUGAUUGGGGUGGUUGUGAGAUGCUAGAAGGGGGCAUUGUAACUCGCCAGGAAUUGGAAUGCCAUCUCCCUGUUUCCUACCUGAUGAUAUGGCUUCAUUUCGGGGUGUGCAGGGAAAAUAAUGUUAUUUGGGUACAGCUUUCGUUGUCAUUUAAACCAUAAUUUAUGGUCUUGAGAAAUUGCUGUUUACCCAAUCCUGGUUGUGUGUUUUUCUUUCAUUUGACAGAACCCAAGGUCAUGCAUAUUUAGCAGUUUUGCUCAGAUGGUGGUAUGAGAAUCCGUCCCAAGCUGCUGUUAAUUACAUAUGCAAUGCAAAGGCUUUAAAACAAGAGCCACAUUUCAAGGACUGCAGAAAUAUGUAAUAUAUGGAUCUUAAAAAACAAUAUCAGAUGCUUGAGUAUGAAGCAUUUGUUGGCCAUUCCAUGUUAUUAUUCAUAGUAUACAGGCUUAUUCAUAUCUUUUUACCAAUGGAAAAGGCUCUUUUGUUCUGCCACUGGUUGUUGGGGACUUUGGAAUAGCCUGUUACAAACACUGAAUCGCAUUCAUUUAUGAAAGGGCUUUAUACCUACUUGUAUCUCCAAGAAGAAUCUUCACCUAUUUCAAACCAAAGUAGCUGUAUAUCUUACAUGCUGUUGUGGCCGUCUAGCUAAGGUGGCCUUAUACAUAAGUGUUGGUUUGUGUUUUGCUAACAAAAGGUAUUCUGUUAUCACAUCUAUUUAAGCUACUUUAGAAGCACAUGACUGAUUCUUUGCUGACCACAGCAUUGCCCAUGAAAAUGUUUUCUCUGGGACAACGGUUGUCCCCGUUGCUACUGAGAACAUUUCUGUUGGGUACUGAACUAUUUAUAAAUGUUGCUUCACACACUCACACACACAAUUUGGCCUUGAUUUUUCUCUCUUCCUUGAGAGUGCCUUGUGUUUGGGAUGUUAAAAUACUUCUCUGGUUCUUUGGGCUCAAGAUCUUUGUAAGGAGUAAAUCUAGACGUUGGAAUUUUACUUCCAAAAUCCUGAUUUGCAUUUUGGAUCCUAUUAAAGUUUUCUGCUGCUUUUAUUACUCAA